GCCGUCCACUUGGCGUUGCGUUCAUCAAAAGUUAGUCAGUCACAGGCGUCACAGGUCAGUCAGAAUGGUCAGAAUAAAGCAGGGUUAGCUUGAACGGUCGUCAUGGUCGUCAUCGUACAGGGAUCCCAUGGAGGUGGCAAGGUUGCGAAGUAAUAUGGAAGACGGCAAUUUUGAUUCAAACGUUGAAUAGAUUAUAUUCUGAGGUAUAAAUUAGCGGUAUAAAUCGGCAUAAAUAUUGUGCCAUGUUGGAUAUAUUUUUUGCGUGAGGAGAUUCUGUUCUCCUUCCUACGACAGAAUAUCAGAACAAUAUGAGUGUAAUUAAAGUGGAAGUAGAAUCAGAUAGUAAGGUACGUGAGCUUGGUGUUAAGAUAGAACAGGCUGAAGAUUAUUCUUCAGUGACGUGUGAAGAUAUAAAAAGCGGUAUUGCUUCAGUUCAGAGUGUGGAUAGAAUGAAAGAGGAGCCUGAUUUGGGAUCCAUAGUAUCACCUGAUGAAGAUCAGUUUGAUGAUGCAAAAGAGGAGCAGCAGCUGGCACCAUUUGCUUUUAUUGCAGUAGAAAGUGAUAUUGCAGAACAGUCUUGGGAUGGGACAUGGAUCAAGGAAGAGCCAGUAGAUGAAAAGAGUGAAGAACCGCGAGAGUGGCGUCUUAAUGGGGAACAACACCUGAGCAAACAAGAACGUGACGCUGAUACCAGUGUCUGUGUGGAAAGUGGUUAUGCAAAGGAUAUUAAUUCUGAAACACUUGCCUACCUUCAGAACAAGAUAUAUAAAUGUGAUGAUUGUCUUGAAGAAUUUUCCAACGAAGAUGACCUAAAACAACAUUCCCUCACUCACUCGGGUGGAAAGCUUCACAAAUAUGAUAUAUGUAAGAUAGAUUUAUCUCAGUCUGAAAAUCUGAAGAGCCACUACCAACCUCACAGUGAGGAGCAACCUGAUAUCUGUGGUAAAUUCUCCACUCAGAGCGAUGCAUCGAGUGAACACUGUGAGUCCUACCAGGUAGAGAAACCUUACAAAUGUGAUUUAUGUGAAAAGAAGUUUGCGCUCAGUGUAAAUCUAAAGCGUCACUAUCGCGUGCAUAAUGUAGACAGGCCACAUAAAUGUGAUGUUUGUAAUGCAGUGUUUUCUGUGAGUGGCGCUCUCCGGGUUCACUCUCUGAGUCAUUUGGGAGUAAAGACACACAAAUGUGACAUAUGUUUUAGAGAAUUUACUAGAAAUGAAAGCCUUAAAAAGCAUUAUAUCACACACACAGGAGAGAAGCCAUACAAGUGUAACAUUUGUGGCAAAGAAUUCUCGCAGAAUGCAAAUUUACAAAGACAUCAUCGAACCCAUAGUGGUGAUAGACCAUAUAAAUGCGAUUUGUGCCCAAGGACAUUUGCCAGAAGUGAACACUUAAAAUCACACAUUGAAAUCCAUAUGUGACUAUGAGAUGUGGAUCUAUACAUCCACUCCCUCAUACACCUUCAUGGCGUGGUGCUUAAUUGGUUAAGCACAGUGACAAAUUCACCUUUAUGUGACUGUGAGUUUGUGUCUUACCAUAGUAUAAAAGUACAGUGAAUUUUUUGUGAUCACCAAAAAUCGUUGGAAAGUCUCGGGCAGAAAAAUUAGACGCUUCUCCAUCAAUUUGGGCCUGGAAGGAUGUUACCAACAAGCCUACAACAUGAAGAGAUUACACAUGAAUCUCACUAUGCUUGCGUAACUUUUUGACUAUGAAGAUGGAGGCAGUAUGUUCCUCCGAAACAUCAGUGUGCUUCUGCCAGACUGCGCAGCGGUAUAUCGCCGUCACUUGUGUGAGAACCUCAGGUCCAACAAAACUUAGCCAGAUUACAGCAGGUUCUGGAAAU